ACCACCCCAAUACCCUAAUCCCCACUCCCCGCCACCCAGUUCCAAGCAACGCAGGCGCAAGCAUCUCUGCAAGCAGGAGGCAGCGGCCGGCCGGCCAACGGCGGGCGCGCGCCGCGGCGAGGCGACGGGCGACGGCAGAAGCUGCGGAGGCGGCUGGAGUGCGUGCGGCGCGCGGCGCGCGGCGCGGCAGGGAGGUCGGCGGACGGCGGAGGCGGGCAAGCGGCGCGGCAGGGAGGCCGGCGGGCAGCGGGGGGCGGCAGGGGCGCAACCGCGCUGGGCAGCCAGUGGGCGGCGCCUAGCUAGGCGACAGCCGGCAGGCGCUCAGGCGAGCCGCUUCUAGCGGCGGACGGCGCAGGCUGCAGCAGAUCCGCCCCUGUCCCUCUCGCAUCCUCCCCGGCGGGGCUGGUGACGGGAUCGUCCGGCGAUGGAGCACGUGAACCCUCUCACCGGCUUCCGCGUCGACGGCCGGCGCCCCAACGAGAUGCGGCAGCUCAAGGGUGAGGUGGGCGUCGUUGCUAGGGCCGACGGGUCGGCAAUGUUCGAGAUGGGCAACACCAGGGUUAUUGCCGCUGUCUACGGCCCUCGAGAGGUCCAAAACAAAGGUCAACAAGUCAGCAGCAAAGAGGCUUUGGUGCGUUGUGAGUAUAGGAUGGCAGAUUUUAGUACUGGGGAUCGAAGGAGAAAGCCAAAGGGUGACAGGCGAUCAACAGAAAUUUCACUUGUUAUCCGGCAAACAAUGGAGGCAAGCAUUUUAACACAUUUAAUGCCACGUUCACAGAUUAAUAUAUUUGUCCAAGUUCUUCAAGCUGAUGGUGGUACAAGGGCUGCAUGCAUCAAUGCUGCAACACUAGCACUUGCAGAUGCUGGGAUUCCCAUGCGAGACAUCGUUACAUCUUGCAGUGCUGGUUAUCUGUGUUCUACUCCUUUGCUCGAUCUAAAUUAUAUAGAAGACAGCGCUGGAGGUCCAGAUGUCACUGUUGGCAUUCUUGCAAAGAUGGACAAAGUUACUCUUCUGCAGAUGGAUGCAAAAUUACCAAUGGAUACAUUUGAAACUGUAAUGGAACUUGCAAUUGAAGGCUGCAAAGCUAUUGCAAAAUACAUCCGAGAGGUGCUAUUGGAGAACACAAAACGGCUGGAGUGCCAGCGUUGUUAGUUAAAGCUCGCAGGUGAAGCCCUCUUCUAUCGAGCUGCCUUUGACUGGUUUUCUGAUAAUCAGGUUCCUUAGGGAUUCAAAGAUUAAUGGUGUCAUCCAAAUACAUAAUGAAGAUAACCAACACAUCACCCGAAUUCGACCUAUGCUGAUUAAGAACAGUUUCUUUGCCAUAUAUUUGCCAUCGGUUUCAAAAUUAUGUGGAGCUGGAGGUUGCAAAAUUAUAUUUGCCAACUGUUUAAAUUAUUCCAUGGCAUUUCCUGGUCAAAUAGUACAAAUCCAAUAUGGAGUUAUUUGAUCAUUUUCUGACGUACUUGCUAUCUGAGUGUUCAUACCAGUGAUGAUCAAGUCUCACGUGUUCAAGUGUUAUCUUCAUUAUAAAUUGCGUCAUUCAUGCUAUCACGUAAUUAUCAGCCAUUGGAUAAAAGUCUCAAUCUGUCAAUGUCACGACCCAAAGUCUCAAUUUAUUUGUGAAGGGUACUAGGCAGGAUGUGGAGUUUUCAGACCAAAAGUACGGUUCCAUUUA